CGGGCACAGUGCGUUACCAGGGCGCUGUUCACACACAGCGCACACACACCACACCUGCCUGAGCAGCAGCUGGGCACAGCUGGAAUAUCUCUGCCUCCUCUGCCUCUGCAGGUUUGGUGUGUGAGUGGUGAUGACUCAGUGAAGCACAACAGCAAAGUGAGGCUGGCAGACCCUCCCCUGUAGUUUUCGCUGCUGAUCCUCUGCCUCUGCAACUGGAAGAGACGAAGAGAAGAGAGGAGCUGCACUGUGCCGCUGGACCUGAUGGAGAAGAAGCCAGCAUCUUCUCAUCAGUACGGUUCACUGGAGCGCACUGAAUGGAGCAGAGACACCGGCAAACCAGAGGACGAUGUAGUGUCCAUGGCGGACUCUACCAUCACCGUGGAUGACAUCGAGGGGGAGCUCUUUAAGAUCGACAGGAUCAGAGACGUCCUGGUCAGGAGGGAGUCAGAGCUCAGAUACAUGAUGGACGACAUUCAGCUGUGCAAGGAGAUCACUCGACUGAAGAAGGAGCUGCACAAAUUAGUGUCUGUACCAGAUAAUGACAAGUCCAAGGAGGACCGGCAGAAGGAGGACGAACUCCUGCAGCAGUUACACAAGCUGGUGGAGACGAGAGAUUACCUGGUGGACGACGUGGAGUUCGAACGACUCAGGGAGAAAGAAGAAGAUAAAGAAAUGGCUGAUUUUCUGAAUUCCAAAUUCCCAAGAAAUUUAAUGAAGAAAGGUGUACCAACCAGACGGGUGCCGUCCAGGGCUCAGCAGAGCUCCUCCCCCUUCACCAAGACCGGCCUCACCCUGCUGAAGGAGUGCUGUGGCUUCACCUGCUCCAUCAUGUAGACUGCAGAGCCAAAAGGGAGAACCCCCAAAAUGCCUAAUGCACAAGAGUCAAUAUUUCCAGUUUCAGCUUUUCAGUCCAAGAAAGACUUAGAAACAUGGACGGAGCGGUGCAACAGUUUCCCAGAGGGAGAGAAUAGGGUGAUGCAAAGUUGAUGUGGUUUUAAUCCCAGGACCCAAGUUUGUCAUGUGUUUUUCUGUGUAUCUCUUUUACUAGAUGUUAUUUCAUAAUGUUGUUUUCAUUCUCUCUCGCUGCGCUCCUUCCCAUUCCAGUUUUACGGUCUUACUCUUGUUAAUCAUCACUGCUCAGCCAACUUCUCCUGAUCGAUUGUUUCCAUAAGGAGCAACCUACUGCACCAUAAUGUAUAAUUAAGUUCAACAUGUUUAAUAUAUAUAUAGCCUACUUAACACUUGGAUUCACAACACACCCACAAAUUCUAUAUUUAAAGACGUAACGGAGCAAUUACUGUCAUCUCUCAUUAAAAAGUAACUGUUUUGCAUGAGUCAACAGGGCAGUCUAGACACACGGCCGGAACAUUAUAAUUAGCAUGACGGAGAUAACACUAAUGAAACUGACAUUAAUCUGAAGCACUGUUAAAAUUAACUUACCUGUUACUUGACUCCAUCUGAAUGGGUUUGACCUUUCAAAAACUUCUUUUCUCACUAACCGUCACAGCAACUUUUUGACAAGACCAACCCUUCCUGUUUCAGUAUGAGUACUAAGGCUGAGGCUGAGGGGGCAAGCAAUAUUGACAGCAGGGGGAGGGGGGGAUAGUGAUUGCUGUGUUUUUUUGGGGACACAUACAGUAUAAAACAUACAAGGCAUACACAGUAUCAGCUUUCUGCAGGCACUGGUCAGGUGCAUUCAUAAAGAGACGAUCACCAUAAUCCAGUAAUGGUGUUUACAAAGGUGUAAAUGUAACAGGCACAUUUGUUCCAAAAAAAGAAACCUAAUUUGAGUUUCAACCCCAGAAUUAUUGGAAUGACUCAUUCUGAUCUAUAAUAAUACUUUAUAAAACCUAAAAACAUAUAAGUUGUGACCGUUUCAAAUCCCUUGAUCAGUUUAAAUCUCCAGAGGAUUUGAUGCAUAUGUUGAUGUACAUUUGUCGCCAUUUGAAAAUUGCUUGGAUUUGGAUUUGUCAGCAUUUAACACCAAUUUAAGUUGACUUACAUGGGACUGAAAAACAUAAAAUGCAGAUUCCAGGACUUCCAGGCAAGUAUUUGUUCUAUGAAAUAUAAAAUACAUACAUACAUAUAUAUAUGUAUAUAAAAGGUGUCAUAUGCAUCACUGAGUCACAGUUGACAGUGUUUUGAUUUGGUGCUUCGCGUUUCAUAUAAACCUUCUGGCUAAGGGCAAAACUUUCACUGCACAUACACAUCGAACAUCAUAAAUUUGUUUCGAGGCCAAAUUCUGUGUUUACUGAAAUGGGUAUAUACCUUUAGAGGUCUGUAGUAGAGUAUCUCUAAGCCAGUGGCUCAUACACCCAAGACAUGGGGCAAAGGGAUGUUGUGGCCAAUCACACUACAGAGCACAUCUCUGUGUUGCCAAGAAGAACAGUCUCCAUAGCAACCAUAUGUACCCCAUAUUUACAAUGAGACAAUGAGAGGGGUUGGGUGGAUCGGAAAGCGACGGGACUCUAUAGGUGUGACAUAAAUGAAUACUUGAGUCCUGUCGUGGUUACCUAAUUAAAAGCAUAUAUAGGGACAGAGUAAUAUUACUGUUGUCAUUUAGGUGAUGUUCAUAUUUUGGAUUCACCAGAGGGAGAAUGUUGCGCUCUCAGGAUUUUAAAAUUUUAACUGUAAUUGAGCCUCUGAAUGCCUUUCUCACGCUUUUAGGUUAACUUACAACAGCUUGGAGAUGAAGUGAACACAAGGCGAUAGAUUUAUGAAUGGAUGGAUAGAUGGAGAGAUCUUUUCACCAUUUUUCUUUCCGUUCCCUUCAUGAUUUACUCCAAACUCGUCCUUGGCAUAGAUACGUGGAUUCAGCUAUCUCUCUCAAUCUACACAUCUUUUGAUAUUCGGUCUCAACGUUGUCACAGAGGCUCUGGGUCACAUAUCGCCCAGCAACCAUGAUGUCUGGUGCUGUCAGGCAGAGGAAUGAGAUGUGUGCCAGUAAUGUUGAAAUACUGUAUGUAACUUAUGAACAAACUGUUGCUGUAUCAGGAUAAUGUUGUUUCUUGUUCAUUUGUGUGUAUAUUUAACACAAUAUAUAUAUAUAUAUAUUUAAAAUAAGAUUGACACUUUAAUGAGGAAAUUUGUUUCAAAAAUGUUCUCGGUGAUGACAGUGGAAACCAUUUGUAUUAAGUUCUGAUAGAGACACUAGUGGUUAGCUAUAAAUUCACAAAUUCCAUCCCUUCAGGCAAAAUAUUCAGUUCAUACAGAAAUACAUUUUCAUUUCCCUAUUGUUCCAGUACCAUUGAGCUGCACAAUGAAUAAAUGCAGCUCUUUGCCCUAAAGACAAUCCUCAUCUGAUCACUAAUUCUUUCUUGUUUCGAGACUUUGAGUGUGUGAUUUAUUUCUGUUCUUCAGUUUUCACUUUUAGACAUAAAACCAGCUGUUCACGGCAGCUGGAGGCCGUGUUACACCCCCUCACUGCGAUGUGCGAGUCAGGAUUCAAGGAUUUUCUGUGAACAAAUGCUCAGAGAUGUGGAAGAGACUGAGGAGAGAGACCGUGCCGCAGGAGAGGGAGUCAGGGGAGAAAAAAACCAUAGACGAAGAGAGGUUGAAGUGGCCAAAAGCAGGGGAGAAGAGAGGAUGCGAGUGGGAGGGCAUGGAGCUGGGGGCGGGGGGGUGUAAUCUUCAGUGUGAGUCAUCCAUAGUGGAAACACUGAGUUUCCACAAGGGCAGGUCUCAGUGAACACCACGUGAAAAGGCCAGGGCUGUCAUUCAAACUCCAUAAUCCUGCACACCUGCACAGAUCUCUGGGUACGAAGGGGAGAGGGUGUAAUGCAUUUGUGUAUGUGUGUGACAAAUAAAUGAGAAUGAAAAGAA